UGACUUGAGAGAAUGGAAUACGGACUAAAAAGGAAAUUCAUCGGUGUCGACCUCCUUUGAAACGGUCACCACGGUGGUUUACGUGGCACCAAUAGCUUCAUUAGUUAUUGAACUUUGAGAUAGUGAGAGUAGAUAUUUCCUCGAUGUAGGUCUGUAUGGGAAACGAAACAACAUUUUACAUGGUACAACUAACGAGAGUUUCCAGUUUUACGGGAACCGGGAGGGUGCUGUCUCGGGUUCCACGCAUAUGUUUAGUGUUUGUCGUGAAGUAAACACUAAAAUUCUCCUAGUUCGUUCCGUCCAAAAAGCAGUCAUUUUUCGUACAUUUAGCAAGUACUUUAGGGAAAUAAGUCAUUUAGGACAGUCAAUACGAAAAUUUACAAAAAUGCCGGCGCAAAGUCGAGCACGAGUGUAUGCCGAUGUGAACAUCCACAGACAAAGAGAGUACUGGGACUACGAGUCUCAUGUUGUUGAGUGGGGACAACAAGAUGACUACCAGAUAGUUAGAAAACUAGGCCGAGGAAAAUACAGUGAAGUCUUUGAAGCUGUUAAUAUCACAAACAAUGAAAAGUGUGUCAUUAAAAUUCUAAAGCCUGUAAAAAAGAAGAAGAUCAAAAGAGAAAUAAAGAUUCUUGAAAAUCUACGUGGAGGCACAAAUGUCAUUUCUCUCUUGGCUAUAGUUAAAGACCCUGUGUCGCGAACGCCAGCCUUGAUAUUUGAGCAUGUCAAUAACACAGAUUUUAAGACAUUGUAUCAAACUUUCACAGAUUAUGACAUUAGGUUCUACUUAUUUGAAUUGCUUAAGGCACUGGACUACUGUCACAGUAUGGGAAUAAUGCAUCGAGAUGUAAAACCACACAACGUCAUGAUUGAUCAUGAAACCAGAAAACUGAGGUUGAUAGACUGGGGCUUGGCCGAGUUCUAUCACCCAGGCAUGGAGUACAAUGUAAGGGUAGCUUCUAGGUAUUUUAAAGGCCCAGAAUUAUUACUGGACUAUCAGAUGUACGACUACUCACUAGAUAUGUGGAGUCUUGGUUGUAUGUUUGCUAGCAUGAUUUUUAGGAAGGAACCAUUUUUUCAUGGCCAUGACAACUACGAUCAGCUGGUGCGGAUAGCCAAAGUGUUGGGAACAGAUGAGUUGUAUGCUUACAUAGAAAAAUAUCAGAUUGAUUUGGAUCCUAGAUUUAACGAUAUUUUAGGAAGACAUUCAAGAAAAAGGUGGGAAAGGUUUGUACAUAGUGAAAAUCAGCACUUGGUAAGCCCAGAAGCACUGGAUUAUCUAGACAAACUACUACGUUAUGACCAUCAAGACAGACUCACAGCUAGAGAAGCAAUGGAACACCCAUAUUUUUACCCUAUAGUGAAGGAACAGGGUAGGAUGCCGUCAAUGUCUGGUCACAGUUCUCCAACUCCAAUCACAAAUGCAGGACAGAUAGGAGGUGCUCCUCCCGCGGUGAACAGCUCCGUGGCAGUAUCCAGCUCUCCUGUCAUGACCCCUAGUAUGUCGCCCCUCCCCAACAGUGCUGCGGCAACAGCCCAGUCAUAGGGGGCCAGCAAACGUCACAUUGCCUGCCUGUCUGCCUGAAUGCCUGCCUGCCUGUCUGUCCGCUCUCAGAUCAAAUCUGUCGGCUAGUCGGUCUGUCUGUGGGCACAUCCAGAUCAGUAUGUGAACAUUUGUGACCAAGUGAAUGUGCUAUAUGGAAGUUUUAGUAUCAAAGAGGGCCCAAUCAGUACAUUAAUGAUGAUGAAUAUUAUUAUAGUACCUGGUCUGAAAGUCAACAUGUUCCAUUGUGAUUUAGUUUAUGAUGAAAUGUAGUCGGUACAUUUGUGACGAUCAUGUUUCUCGGGUGUAUUGACUUUACCGCUAUUAGUGAUAUUGACUUCUAAAUGGGAGUGAAAUGUUCAGAUUUCCUCUCAUUUGCAGUAUAUAUGGUAUACAGUGCAAACAUUUGCAAUUUUUAGUGUUCUGGUUCAUGUACUAGGCAGUGUGAGGACAGUGAUUUGUUUACGGUGACGAUGUACUCCUCACUAUGUACAUGACUGGGCAGUUUAAUUACAUAGAUGCUAGGUAACUAACAAAGUAAAUGUUGAUUAAUGCAGUAUUUGGUGUCUAACUCUUUGUGCUACAGAUGUUUUAUUGGUGUAUAUCAAUAUUUAAGGGGACGGGGGGAAUUAAGUUACAGUACCUAUUAUAGUGAGAGAUCUACAGUACCUAUUAUAGUGAGAGAUCUACAGUACCUAUUAUAGUGAGAGAUCUACCCUUUAUGUUUCCAUAAAAUAUCACACCUGUGGUCAUUCACUUACAUUUAUUUAUUUAUAAGAGAUAUGUAUAUUGUAUUGUGAUGUAAAUCAUUUUAUACAAAUAAUCAAGAACAAUUGUGAAGAGCAAAACACUAGCGUUAAAAGUUAUUUUGAGUAAAACAAAUAUUAUUUGUAUAAACUGAUGUAAAACAGUAUAAUAUAUUUUCGUGAUUGUCUCAAGUAAGAAUAUAGCAAAUCCCAGUUAUACUUAUACAUUGUACAAGUCAUUUCUGAACAUCAAUUUUGAAUCUGUAUCGGCUUCACUAAUCACUGUUUCUGUUGGAUAUGUAACAUGGUAUACACAUCUGUCAACUCCAGCUCUCUUGUUCUUCACACUACAAUUUCAUGCUUUUUGAUCAACAGUCUGAGAGACCAUUAAACUUAUAAAUUGGAUGCGUAAGACUAAUUGGUUUGUUGACACCUGACAGGUAAACACGUGUUUUGGAGGUGACAAAAUACAAUGUGAACAACAGAAUGAAGGUUACCAGGGUAUUACUAUGUAUUUCCAUGUCUCCCCUUGUUGCCUGUAUGGCUUUGUCUGGAACAGUCUCCUCUCUGUCAUGUAUCACUUCAUUUAGAGCAGUCUCCCCUCAGUUCCUGUGUAACUACGUCUAGAGCAAAUUUUGUUCCUGUGUCAUAACAUUUAGAGCAACUUUGUAUUCUCUGUCGCAUACAGUGCCAAAUUUUGCAUGUGUGGACCUCCUAUGAUGGUGAAGUGUUGCAUAUGAUACUGAGGUCUCUUGUCCUACUUCAUAUUACUGCCCUUUGUUCAUCAUGCUUUAUUUUGUCUGUGUCAUGUCUUUAUCACCUACAAUUGGCAAUUUAUUUUUAAUUUUGGUUUUACCUUGUUUUUUUGUUUUUUUGGUUUAGCUUAGUAUGACACAAUUAUUUAUACUAUGUUGGGUUUCAGGUCCAGUUCAUGGAGUUAUGGCCCAUUGUUCACCUUGUAUCACCUUUCCUCGAAAAAAUCUAUAUUCAUUAUUGCUCUCUGAAAGGCAGGUCCAUCACUUUACAUACUCAAACUUUAAAUUUUGUGUUAUAUCAUAGUUGUCAGGUCUGAUUGUAUAAAGAUUUAAGUGGUAAUUACUGAAGAUUGUUGUAUCUGUAACCAAUUCUUUUGAACAGCAGGAUACUUUGGUGAUUGAUGACAUUAAGACCAAUCACAUUGAGUCUGUAUAGACAAGACAAGAUAGAUGUUUCAUUGGUGUCUACUUGUUACAUGUAUUUGCUAAUUAACUGGGUCAUACUAUCCUGUUGGUUCGUAUCACUUGUCAUAUCUGCAUAUUUUAGCUUUGGACUGGCAACAGACCACAGUCUUGGGGGAUUGUAUCAUAAUCUCUUAAUUAAAUAGUGUGAUGAAAGUAUGAUAGAAGGGCAUUGACAACCUGAGAUAUUUAUGUGAUAUCGUAAUCUUGGGAAUGAAUGUGUGCUUUAUAUGCCAAAAAGUGAUGGAAGAAAAUGUGCGGUUUGUGAAUUUUUUUUUAAGAAGGCUGAAACGGGAUGAUAAUAUUUAAAGUAAUCUUUUCAGGUAGGUUUUUCUCUGAUAGACUAAAGAGUUUACAGCCUUGCAUUGUGAAUAAAUAUUAAAGAUAUUGUAAUUUUUUCAAAAAAACGUAAAAUUUGUUUUUGAAGUGUUGAAAAAUUUGAGAUGUUGUAAUUUCCGAGUGACUGAAUUAAUACACAUGUGUUUGCAUUAACAUCCUGUAUAUGAGAGUGCCAAUAAAUAAAAGUACAAAAUAUUGUUAUAGGAUUAUGGAAGUUCAGACUUACUAGUCCUGUAAUCAGUGGAAUCACAUUAUUCCAGAUCCUGUUUUCUGUGUAUAGUGGGACCUUGUCCACAUCGCUUAAAAUGUACAAAUAACAACCCAACCAGUCCAGACAUAGAGGUUUUAGGCAGCACAGAACCUCAGUAGUGGUGGCUCUAUAAUUUACAUGCUCAAAAACAACCCAGAAGUCUUGCUACAGUUUCGUGGUAGUACAGAAUCUUUUCUCUAUACACUAGCUUAUGUGCUCAACAAACAACCCCUGAAAAAGACUUCUGUGUGUAUGAAACCUCAUUGGCACAGGCAUUUUGCACACAAUGAAUUUACAGAUGUUUGGCUCCCUGUAAGUCCUGUCAAUGAUAAGUAGCACAAAUAAGUCUGGUCAACACUAUACGCAGAAGACUGCCUGGUCAAUGCAUCAUGCUAAGAUUGAAUCUGGUCAAUACUUUGUACGGUAGAAUCUGGUCAAUGUUGGUACCACAAACUGCCUCAGGUCAAGGCUUUGUGUCACAAACUCCGUGUGAUCAAGGCUUUGUAUUACAGACUUGUUCAGGUCAGUAAUUUGUACAACAGAUUUAUUCAGGUCAAUACUUUGUACUACAGACCAAGUCUGGUCAGUACUUUGUACUACAGACCUAGUUUGGUCAGUACUUUGUACCAUAGACCUAGUCUGGUCAGUACUGGUCAGUACUUUGUACUACAGAACUAGUCUGGUCAGUACUAUGUACUACAGACCUAGUUAGGUCAAUACCUUGUACCACAAAUUAAGUCAGGUCAUUACUUUGUACCACAGAUCUAGGUUUGGUCAGUACUUUGUACCACACAUCUUGUUUGGUCAGAACUUUGUACCACAGACAUUGUUGGGUCAGUACUUCGUACCACAGACAGGUCAAUGCUCUGUACCAUAGAUUUAGGUCGGUGCUUUGUACCACUGACUGUCUGGUCAAAGUGGUAAAAGAACCAUCUUUACCUUGUCAAUUCAUUGGUGCAAUCUUAGAGUAGGGUAUAUAUAAACUUCUAUAACAAUUUCAUUUACAUUAGGAUUUCAUUCCUUGACCUGUCAUUAACCCAUCAUUUGUAGCAUCAAAUUGCUGAAAUAACAUGUUUUUAACAUUGUGAAAAAUCCAGGUUGUCAUGUGAGUGAAUCAAAGAAUUUCAAGUAUAUGAUGUUGAUAACAUAAUGAUUUUUGAUUAAGGUAAGGAAAACCAAUACUAGAAUCAAUCUGGUUUUAUUUAGGAAUUCUAAUGACUACUUUAACAAUGAUAUCGGAUAUGAAAAUUGUUGUUAGAUUUGUUCCAAAUUAUUGCAUUGAAUUCACAUUCAUAAGAUGGCAUAAAUCAUUCUAAAUUCUUUGUGAAAUAUAUUUCUGUGUUGAAUGAAGUACUAAGAUCCAUGUUAGUAUCUUUUUUCUUGGAGCUGUUAAUGAACCUACCCACAAGUUGGCAUUUCCAAAGUGAGUUGGUUUUCGCAUACUGAAAAUUUCAUGAUGAAGGUAGUUCUGCAAAUAUACAAAUGACCAAACAAAAUCUUAUAUAGAGUAAGAUAUUAUUGAUACACCGUGUGUGUUUUAUUUAUAAUUUUCCUCUAAAUGUUGUAGAGGUGUGAGGGUGGGAGGAAAUUAUUACUGCAAUUUAGUGUGGCCUAAUUUGGAGGGAAAGAUGAAAGGAAGUGGCUCAAUACAACUGGUGUAAGUUUCUCUAGCAUUUUUUGGUAAAUUAGAGAAACAUUCGUUACAGUAUAUUAUUCAUUGAUCUGCAAAGAAUUUUAAAAAAUAAAAUUCUGAAAUCUAA